CGUCCGCGCGCUCCGCGCGACCGCCCCAGCGGGCGGCCGCGCCUCCGCCACGACGCGGCUCUCGUGGUUCGCCGCCUGCGUCCUGGGGACAUCUUUGGCGCGCGAGGAGGCGGUCGAGAGUUGGGUGGACUGGGGCGCCCGCGAGUUCGAGGCGCACUACUGGGGCGAGUCGCCCCCUGCGGGCGCCAAGGAAGAGGAGGACUGCUCCGAGACCGAGGAGGUUCGAGCGUCGCCAGCGCCGACGCCCAUGCCGCCUCAGAGAUGGAGCAGAGUAUACUAUCGGCCGCGGGCCGAGGACAAGAAAGGAUUGAUGUUCACGACGACGGCGGGCGAGCGUCGCUGGGUCGCGAUCGACCCGACAGGCCGGCUCCAGGUGGUCGACCUCUCCGUGGCGGCGAAGGUGCGAGCGACCAAAUUCGCGGGCGUGGACCACGGGGCCUUCCCGGGCAUGUCUGCACGAGAGAAGGCCAUGGCGGUCGAGGCGGCGGAUCGGGUGAUCGCAUCAGGGAGUACGACGAUGACGGCGACCAUUACGAGGGACUACAAUCGUAAGAACCUGUCAAGCGGCAGGACAGGUCACCGCCGCCAUCCUGUGACGUGGGUGGCCAAGAUCGCGAGCAACGUCGUGGGCUACGUGUGGGCUCGACGAAGCUUGGGAGGUUUCGCUGGCUCUACCUUUGUGCUGUGGCGAGCGUGCGCGUACUUCAACGCUGUGGAGUGGGCCAAGUGGUUCUACCACCAGGCGAAGGAAGCCGUGAAGACCGUCGAGGGCUUGAAGGAGGAGUACGAGCAGAUCAUGGAGAUGCACGAGUCUGGCGCUAUGGAGCCGCUCUACAUGUCGGCGGGCAUCACGUCCGUGAUCGCGGUGACUGGCACGUGCUGCGGGCGGCGGUCGAGCUCGAGCAAGCCUCGCCCUGCCGCCCACCGCGCGGAGGUGGAGGGCCCGUCGCUCUGGCAGCAGCUCUUGCCCUGGUCGCCUGUGGGCGCGCCCAGCUCGUCAGGUACGUCGACGCCUCGCGACGAAGGGGCGACGAUCUCCGACGGCGAGGGGGACUCGUCCGUCGAGUCCGAGCUGGUGAGGCAGCUCGGCGCGGUGGCGGAGAGGCUUGCUGCGCCGGAGGUCAGGAGCUCAUCGCCUUCGUCGCCCCCCCCUGCCGCGCCGCCUCCGAGCGCGACGACGCCGGCCUUCAGGGCGUUCGGCGGCUCCACGGAGACGGGUUCGACCCCGAACUACGACAUGCUGAUGUCGCAGCUGCUGGAGCGCCUCGACAGGCACAAGGAGAUCGUGCAGUCCGACAGCCGCGCAGCCACUGCAGGAGCUUCGACGCGGGUCCAGGAGGUCUCGUCGACGAAUCCCGAGGUGGAGGCGCUGGUGCGCGGCCUGGGCGACUCCUUCAAGGAUAUGCCGGUGAUGGCGAAGGAGAAGCUCGAGGCGUUCAACCCAAAUGUGACGUGGGCCAUCCCCGGCGGCAUCAAGACGAGGGUGGCUCCGUCGAUGGCGGCUCGGCUGCACAGGAGCGGCUCGACGGCAGUGGCGACGAUGCGCGAGCUCAUCCGCUUAAAGCAGCUGGAGGGCAACCACAUGGCCGAGGAGAUGCUGCUGAUCGGCAUGAUGAUCGACCGCUCCAUGAUCGAGGCUCCGCCCGAGUUCAUGAACUACAAGACUACCGAGCUAGCGAUGAGGAGGCUGCGCGGGAUCGAGCGGGCGUUCGAGCACGCGAAGCAGCGCGGCGACUGGAAGCCUCCGAACGGCGCCAAGCAAGGCGGGAAGUCGAGGAUCAACUACCAUGCGCUGGAGGAGCUCGACGCUUCAAAGGCUGAUCAGGAGGGCGUGCUCAUCGACGGCGUGGAAAAGGAGCUCCGGAAGCGGCUGGCCCACGACCUGAAGAUGUACGCCUCCGACGCCGAGCCCGCUUUCGAGCGGCUGGCUUUGCGUGCCAUGGCUGGGACCUACGCGGGCAUAGCUGUCUCCAACGACGACGAGGAGGUGCCGCGGUGCUACUUCGACAGGUUCCACGAGAGGAUGGCCCUGCCGCCGAGCCAGGUGGACGAGGCCGACAUCGAGGCCACGCGCGCCUACGCCGACCCCAGUCUCCGGCAUCGGGCCGCUCGCCUGGACUUCGCAGUGCGGCUCUGGGAGUCGGGGGUGCUCGGCUUCACGCACGUGUGCAAAGCCGAGGUGUCAGUGCUUUUCGCGAUUAAUAAGGUGCGCGAGGACGUGGCUUACGUGCUGAGGCCGGCGUGGGGCGUGAGGCGCGUGAACAAGCGUUUCAGGAGCCCGCCCCAUCUCAACUUGGGGCCCCCGAUGGCAAUGGCGGAGCUCGACCUAUCAGACGAGGUGGCGCAGGGGCGAGUUUUGAAGUCUACGUGGGGCGACGUGUCAGACUGCUUUCACAGGUGCCGCGGGUGCUCAGAGCUCUGGCCCUACAGGGUCUACGGUGGGAUCUCUAUAAGCGAGUUCCUGAAGGAGCUGAAGAGGCGGAGUAUGCAACUUCCGACGGUACCCAGUGGGGGCAGAUAUCUAUGCCUGGUCGUUAUGCUGAUGGGGUUCAGCUGGUCCCCAGCGAUCUGCCACGGAGCGCUGGAGGACAUCAUCUGCGACCUGCCCGGCUUCCCGCGUCAUGGUCAACUGGUGCAUGGGCUGGUACCUCCCAGCUUCUCCGUGAUGGUGAUCAUCUACUGGGUCUUCAUGGGCGACUUCGCGUCCUUGACUCUGGUGCACGAGGGCGACCUAACGACUGUGGAGGCAGCGAAGGAGGCUGCAUGGGCGAGGCUCAAGAAGGCGGGGCUGGACAUGCACAAGGACGGAGUGGGAGAAUACCUACCUUUGUCUCUGGGGGUGACCAUCGCCGAGGAGCCCUACCGACGAAUGGCCUCAAGAGAGAAGAUCCAGGAUGCGAUAGGCGCCACGGGAGCUCUGCUGGCUCGAGGCCGAGCGACGUCGCAGGAGUUGUCGAGAGUUGUGGGGUCGUGGGUCUGGCUGACGAUGUGCUGUCGACCUGCCCUCUCCCUCCUCGACUCUUGCUACGAGUUCGUGACGAAGUUCGACGGCGACGACAGCAAGCGCGACCUUUGGGAGAGCGUCUUGAACGAGCUUCAUAUGGUUUACUACCUGGCGCCCCUGACGCACACGCGCCUGGAGGCUCGAUGGAGCGAGAUCGCGUUUGCGACCGACGCCAGCGAGACGGGCAUGGGCGUGGUGGAGACCAGGUCCUCUCGAGACGAGGUCAAGCAAGAGGUGGGCAGGCAGUGGAGGAUCAAACAGCUCCGCGAUAUGGCCAGGGACGAGGACGAGGAGCUGCUGCUGAGCGGCGGCGCCCUGGAGUGCUCAAGGCGAGGGGUCCCGAACACCACCGGCGAGGGCGAAGUGCCUCCUCAGCGGCUGAAGGCCGACGUCUUCGCUGGCUACGGCGGCUUCGGCGAGGAAGUGCGGAGCGAUUGCCAGUGCGAGACCCUCUUCGUGGACAGCGCUCGCAACCCCCGCCGCGACCUCAUGGGCCCGUCGUUCGUGGAGCUGGUCUGCCGGGCCAUCCUGUUCGGGCUUUUUUUCUUGGUUCACAUGGCCCUUCCGUGCUCGUCCUUUUCGCGGGCUCGGAGGCCAGCGAAUCGGGCAUCUGGCAGGUGGAUCCGAGGGCUUCCUGGACUUGCCCCGCAGCAGGUGCGACGAGUACGAGAGGGGAACACCUUGGCACAGGCAGCGAUCUCAAUGUGCUUUGCGUGUCUGGCAGCGGGUGUUGGCUUCUCCCUCGAGAACCCCAGGACUUCGAUGAUCUGGGACCUGCCCGAGAUGGUGAAGCUGAUGAGUCAACCAGGCGCGUUCGUGGUGGAGCUGCUCUACUGCGCUUAUGGAGCGCGGUGGCUGAAGCCAACGCGCCUGCUGACAAACGUGGAAGCUUUCAAGGAGUUGGCGCGCCGCUGCUCCAGAGCUCACCAACAUCAGGAGCUCCGAGGACGAAACGCCGAGGGACAGCUGUGGACUCGGCUGGCCGCGGUCUACCCCCCGCAGCUGCGCAGCGCGCACGCCAAGCUGGCGAGGAAAGCGAUCGAGACGAAGCAGCUGGACAUCCACGACUGGCGAGUGCGCGAAGUUCGGCGUCCCCCGGAGAGGCCCAGAGCCGUCUUGAACCAUUGGGCAGACAUAUCGAGAUGGCAUUUAUCGUGGAAAGGAGAGUGGUGCUACGAGGACCACAUAAACGCGCAGGAGAUGAGGCCGUUGAUGACGCAACUGAGGAAGAUCGGAGCGAUCACCUUGGCCACCCGCGUGAGAUUGACGCUGCGGUGGAUCCCCACCGACAUGAACCCAGCGGACGGCCCGUCCAGAGGGGAGGCCGUGGGCAGCGCGGAGGUCACCAAGACGAAGGCCGAGCUGAAGAAGGUGAUCUUGGACGACGCCCAUCCCUUCGAGAGGUUGCUGGGGGGACUGGCAUCUCUAGGCUUGCUGCUCAUGGCGACGAUAUGGUGCGACAGCGUGGCGGUCAGUUCGUCAACCCUCGACGAGUACUUCUCGGAUGCCAACGAGCCUUUCAACAACGCCGUGGAUAGCGACGCUGAGGAUGGAUACCUGGCCUCUGAUUUUAGCAUGAUUGCAGGGGCCGUGCAGGCAAUCAAGUCGGACGAACGGGGCUCGUCAAAGAAGAAGGUCGCAAAGGCCAAGAAAGCUGCCAAGCAGGACCCCGCGAAGGUUUCCGCUCGUCGAGUCCGACCGUUCGUGCCGAUGGUGAGUAAGGGGCCCAGGGCGUUCGAGAAUGCGGCCGUCGAGAAGCCCGUCAACGGGAGCUCCCUGGGCGGCGAUAGGCUCGAGCGCCCCCUGAGACUCCUGAUCCACGCGGUGCGGGGCGACGCAAACAAGGAGUACAUCAAGGAGGUGCAGCCCUUUUUGCGCGAUGUGUGGCAGAGGCGUCUCCCCUUUGCGACCCCAGGCGAGCGCGACAUCACGGUCGCAGCUGAGCUGGGCAACCGGUGCUUCGUGGAGCGCGCCCCCUUGAACAGGGGAAUCAAGCUGUACCACGGGCUGAUGCACAUCUUCCCCGAGUGGAGGUCAGAGAUGCCGAUCGCGCUCAGGGCUCUGCACAGUUGGGAGAAGUAUCAGCAGACGUGGGAAGGAUGCCCAGCUUCGGUCGAGGCAAUCUACUUCAUCGCGCGAGAGGCUGUUCGACGUGGUCACAUCGACGAGGGGAUUGCGUUUCUUCUCGCGUACGACUGCUAUCUACGAGAGCAGGACUGGUUGCAGCUGAGGGCCGAGGAUGUGCAUGUGAGCUACAGAGACGUUCGAGACCCAAGGUCGAUCAAAGUAGCCAUCCUGCUAGGUCGGCGCCACAGAGGCGAGAGCGUGAAGACCGGUCAAGAGCAAGGUGUGGCCAUCGACGACCUUGGGAUCGCGACGAUCAUAGCCGAGCGCGUGAAGUACUUGCCCGGCGAUGCUCUAGUAUUCGACACCAACGCCUCGCGAGCUGGGACA